AUGACAAGGGAGUUAAGAUUCCUGUGUUGGCCCCUGUGGCCCCUGGCCCUCCUCAGCCUGCUCACUACAGUGAGGAUGCUGGAAUUCGGUGGGGCACCCGGUCAGUGGGCACGCUACGGACGCUGGGAAGCUGGGUCAGUGGGUGAGCUGAGCUUUAGCCUCAAGACCAACAUCAGCAAAGCCUUGGUACUCUACCUGGAUGACGGUGGCAACUGUGACUUCUUGGAGCUGCUGAUCGCUGGCGGGCGCCUCCAGCUGCGCUUCGCCAUCCACUGUGCCGAGCCGGCCACUUUGCACAUGGAGACACGGGUGAACGAUGACCGCUGGCACAUGGUCUUGCUCACCCGCAACUUCCGUGAGACCCUUCUGAUGGUGGACGGGGAGACAAAAGUGGCUGAGGUCAAGUCCAAGAGGAAGGAGAUGGCCGUGGUCAGUGACCUGUUUGUAGGCGGGAUUCCACCCGAUGUACGUCUCUCCGCACUGACAUCCAGCACAGUCAAGUACGAGCCACCUUUCCUGGGCUUGAUCUCCAAUCUGAAGGUGGGAGAGAUGCCUCCUACUUUGCUAAACAGCCAGGGCAUCCAGAGUGACUUGGAGUACCUCUGCACCAAACAGAAUCCGUGCUUCAAUGGAGGGUUUUGCUCUAUUCAGUAUGGAGAGGUUCACUGUGACUGCACCCACACCCGCUACAAGGGGAAAUACUGCAAGGAAGGUAAGGAACAAACACCUGCUCUAAAGCAUGAAGGGACUAUGUUGAGAGAUGAGUGGAGGGGGGAGGGCAGAGAGGAGUCAGUGGCCACCUUCAAGGGCAACGAGUUCUUCUGCUACGACCUGUCGCUGACGCCCAUCCAGAGCAGCACCGACGAGAUCACGCUUUCCUUCCGCACGCUGCAGCGCAACGGCCUCAUGCUCCACACCGGCAAGUCGGCCGACUACGUCAACCUUUCGUUGAAGAGCGGCGCCGUUUGGCUGGUCAUCAACCUGGGCUCGGGGGCCUUCGAGGCCCUGGUGGAGCCUGUCAACGGCAAGUUCAACGACAACGCCUGGCAUGAUGUGCGCGUCACCCGCAACCUGCGCCAGCACGCAGGCAUUGGACACGCUAUGGUGACCAUCUCAGUUGAUGGUAUAUUGACCACCACUGGCUACACCCAGGAAGAUUACACCAUGUUGGGUUCUGAUGACUUCUUCUACAUCGGAGGGAGCCCCAACACUGCCGAUCUGCCUGGAUCACCGGUCAGCAACAACUUCAUGGGCUGCCUCAGAGAUGUGGUGUACAAGAACAACGACUUUAAGCUGGAGCUGUCACGGCUUGCCAUCGAGCGUGACCCUAAAAUCACCCUGAAUGGUGACCUUGUGUUCCGUUGCGAAGACGUGGCAGCCCUGGACCCCGUCACCUUCGAGACCGCCGAGUCCUACAUCUCCCUGCCCAAGUGGAACACCAAGAAAACGGGGUCCAUCUCUUUCGACUUCCGCACCACAGAGCCCAGCGGCCUCCUGCUGUUCAGCCACGGUCGCCCUCAGGGUCCCAAAGAGCAGAAACCCGGGAGAGAGUUGAAAACAGAUUACUUUGCCAUGGAGCUGCUGGACGGGUAUUUGUACCUGCUGAUCGAUAUGGGCUCAGGAAAAACAAAGCUGAAGGCCAGCAACAAAAAGGUCAAUGACGGAGAAUGGUGUCAUGUGGAUUUCCAGAGGGAAGGGAGGAAAGGAUCCAUCUCAGUCAACAGCCGCAGCAUGCCCUUCAGCUCCCCAGAGGGCAGUGAGAUCCUGGACCUUGACAGUGAUAUGUACCUGGGUGGGCUGCCGGAAUCAAAGUCAGAUCUCAUUCUGCCACCUGAGGUUUGGACAGCGCUACUCAACUACGGCUAUGUAGGCUGUGUCCGCGACCUCUUCAUAGACGGCAAAAGCCGUGAUGUCCGCCGUCUGGCUGAGAUCCAGAGUGCGCUGGGUGUCAGCAGUUUCUGCACCCGUGAGCUGCAGAAGCGGUGCAGCAGUGCCCCCUGUGGCAACACAGGUCUGUGCAAAGAGGGCUGGAACCGCUACAUUUGUGAUUGCACCGGCACCGGAUACCUGGGAACCAACUGUGAGAUAGAGGCAACGGUGCUGAGUUAUGACGGCAGCAUGUACUUGAAAAUCAUCAUGCCGGUCACCAUGCACACGGAGGCGGAGGACGUGGCCCUGCGUUUCAUGUCUCAGCGAGCUUACGGCCUGCUCAUGGCCACCACCUCCAAGGAGUCGGCAGACACCCUGCGACUGGAGCUGGACGGAGGUCGCGUCAAACUCACCGUGAACCUCGAUUGUAUCAGGAUAGACUGUAGUCUCAGCAAAGGACCUGAGACACUGUUUGCGGGGCAGAAGCUGAAUGACAACGAGUGGCACGCAGUGAAGGUGGUGCGAAGAGGAAAGAGCCUGCAGCUGUCCGUGGACAAUAUCACAGUGGAAGGCCAGAUGACUGGUGCCCACACACGUCUCGAAUUCCACAAUAUCGAGACAGGCAUCAUGACUGAACGCCGCUUCAUAUCUGUGGUGCCCUCAAACUUCAUUGGUCAUCUCCAGGGCCUUACCUUCAACGGCUUACCCUACCUAGACCAAUGCAAAAAUGGGGACAUCUCCUACUGCGAGCUGAACGCCCGCUUUGGCAUGCGUCACAUCAUUGCAGAUCCGGUGACGUUUCGAACGAAAGGCAGCUACUUAGCUUUAGCAACCUUACAAGCUUACGCCUCCAUGCACCUCUUCUUUCAGUUUAAAACCACUACGCCAGACGGUCUCAUGCUCUUCAACUCUGGAGACGGGAGCGACUUCAUUGUUGUGGAACUGGUAAAGGGGUAUGUCCACUAUGUCUUUGAUCUUGGCAACGGGCCGUCGCUGAUGAAGGGCAACUCUGACAAGCCGCUCAAUGACAACCAGUGGCACAACGUAGUGGUGUCCCGGGAUGCCAACAACGUACAUACACUCAAGAUCGACUCACGCACCGUUACUCAGCACUCCAAUGGAGCCCGCAACCUGGACCUCAAAGGAGAGCUGUACAUCGGUGGCGUGACAAAGACCAUGUACAGCAAUCUGCCCAAGCUGAUUGCAUCCCGGGACGGGUACCAGGGCUGUCUGGCCUCUGUGGACCUGAAUGGGAGACUCCCUGACCUGAUCGCAGAUGCCCUCCACAGGGUGGGCCAGGUGGAACGAGGCUGCGAUGGUGAGUCAAACAACUUGAGUGAGUUGAAGGCAGUUAAGGGACCCAGUACCACCUGUACGGAGGAGUCUUGCUACCAUCAGGGGGUGUGUCUCCAGCAGUGGGAGGGCUUCACCUGCGACUGCACCAUGACGUCCUAUGGAGGCUCAUUUUGCAAUGACCCUGGGACAACUUACAUCUUCGGACGAGGAGGAGCCCUCAUCACAUAUACCUGGCCACCCAAUGACCGGCCGAGCACACGGGCAGACCGGCUGGCAGUGGGCUUCAGCACGCAGCUGAAGGAAGCCAUUCUGGUCAGGGUAGAGAGCGCCAAGGGACUUGGAGAUUACCUGGAGCUGCACAUAGAAAGGGGAAAGAUCGGCGUGAUCUUCAACGUGGGAACAGACGACAUAAUCAUCGAGGAGAGCGCGGUGAUGGUGAGCGACGGCAAAUACCAUGUGGUGCGAUUCACACGCAGCGGUGGCAACGCCACACUACAGGUGGACAACCAGCCCGUCAUCGAACGUUUCCCCUCAGGGAACCUUGAUAAUGAGCGCCUGACUAUUGCUAGACAAAGAAUCCCAUACCGACUCGGUCGGGUAGUUGACGAGUGGCUACUCGACAAAGGUCGCCAGCUGACCAUCUUCAACAGCCAGGCAUUCAUCAAAAUCGGUGGCGGUGGAGAGAAGGGGCGCCACUUCCAGGGCCAGAUCUCAGGCCUGUAUUACAACGGUCUGCAGGUGCUCAAACUGGCUGCUGAGGGCGACCCCAACGUCCAGACCCAGGGUAACCUGCGGCUGGUGGGCGACGUGCCCUCGGUGCUCACUACUGACACCACCUCCACCACCCCGCUAGCUGAUAUGUCCACCACAAUCAUGGAGACAACCACCACCAUGGCCACCACCACCACCCGCAAACAGCGCUCGCCUACCAUGAGGGACAGUGUUACACAGAAUGCGGAUGACCUCUUGGUAGCAUCAGCUGAGUGUCCUAGCGAUGACGAAGAUUUGGAGGAGUGUGAGCCUGGAAAUGGAGGUGAAUUAGUGUUGCCCAUUAUAACUGUGGACUCCCUAGACCCCCCAUCCAUCGCCACCCGCUACCCAGUAAUCCCCCCGCCCCCCACCACCUACCGCCCCUUCCUCACCCUGCUCGAAACCACCAAAGAGUCCCUCCCCUUGCCCAACGGCCGGCCCCCCUGCCCCCUGGAUCAAGAGGACUGCGAGGAGACCAUCGAGGUGUCUGCGUAUGGCUCGGGGGAGAUGACAGAGUCUGAUGACGAGGACUAUUACAAAAACUCCCCCCUGGUCACCGACAGGACUGUCCUCCCCCCUCCCCCAGCGGUCGAGGGCAGCGUCCAGAACCCCCGAGACCGCCAUUUCUCCCGCUUCCCCAAUUCCCACCGCCCGCCCCUCUCCUCCACCCCCACGGCCAACCCCGACCAGCUCGGCCCUCGCAUCAAGCCGGCUUCCGGCGGUAGCAGCAGUAGCAGUAACAACAUCCCUGCCGGGAAAAUGAAUACCCGGGACCAGGUGCUGCUGCCGCCAGCCCACCCCUCGUCAGACCCGGGCCAUCACAGAGUCCCGGGAAUAACCUACCCCCCAAAUUUCCCCCAUGUUCCCACUCCAGACCCCACAUCUCCCGAUAGAGGCCUCCCAGGUGCCGUAGAGGUGCAGCAGUCCAGCAGCACCACAGGAAUGGUGGUAGGAAUCGUAGCAGCCGCCGCCCUCUGCAUCCUCAUCCUGCUCUACGCCAUGUAUAAGUACCGCAACCGUGACGAGGGUUCCUACCAGGUGGACCAGAGUCGCAACUACAUCAGCAACUCAGCCACGCAGAGCAAUGGAGCCCUGGUGAAGGAGAAACAGCCAACCACUGCCAAGACGGUCACCAAAAACAAGAAGAACAAAGACAAAGAGUACUACGUCUGAGGGAGCACCGCCGUAACACACAGAGACAGACAGCAGACGCACUUAGAGAAGGAAAGAGACAAGAGAGAGAAGAGAGAGAGAGAGGGAGGGAGAAGAGGCAGUAUAUGGAAAACGGUGAGCGUAACAGAGAGGGUCAUUCAUUUAAAACUCAGUAUUGUCAGGUGCAUCGCCGUGCAUGUUACCAAUUCCAGUCUAAUCACAGCAACGCAGCAAAAUAAGAUUGCAAGGUGACAUCAUGGUUCUUCACACCUUUCAGCAUCGCUUUGAUUGAU